AAAAAAAAAAGAGAUAUGAUGAUCCUCCUAAGCCAUUGUUAUUGCGUUUCUGGUUUUUUCGUUAUAUACGUAUCCCUCUUACUACACCCGCUUGCUUCUCCUACACUCCACUUUUGCCGCCACGACCAGAGGGAUGCUCUUUUGGACUUCAUAGACGAGUUUCCAUUUGAUGAGUCUAUAACUAAUACAUGGGUAACUUCGUGGAAUAAGAGCAGUGAUUGUUGUCACUGGAAGGGUGUCACCUGUGAUGGUAAAUAUGGUCAAGUGAUAUCGCUCGAACUUAAUGAGACCUUUCUCAACAGCUCUCUGAAAAGUAGCAGCAGCCUUUUCAGACUUCAAUAUCUUCGUCACCUAAACCUUAGCAGUUGCAAUCUCCAAGGAGAGAUUUCUUCUUCAUUAGGUAACCUUUCUCGUCUCACUUCUGUUGACCUUUCUUAUAAUAAAUUGGUCGGUGCCAUUCCAGUUUCAUUAGCCAAGUUAACAAAGCUUUCCUAUAUUAGCCUCAACUCUAAUAACUUCACAUCCACGCUUCCAUCAGACAUGAGUGGAUUCCACAACUUAGAGCAUUUUGAUGUUAGUAAAAACUCGUUUGUCGGGUCUUUCCCUAAAUCCUUGUUCUCGAUUUCUUCGUUACAAUAUGUAAGUUUGGGAGAUAACCAAUUCACAGGAGCUGUAGAGUUUGUGAAUACAUUUUCAUCAUCAUCCAAGCUUCAUUUUCUUGGCCUUUCCCGUAACAGGUUCGAUGGCCCAAUCCCUGAAUCUAUAUCUAAAUUUCUCAACCUCAGACAACUAUAUAUGAGCGGAAACAAUGUAACCGGGUCAAUUCCUAGAUCUAUAUCAAAGUUGGUCAACCUCACAGAUUUACAUCUUUCCAACAACAAGUUAAUAGGUCAAGUACCAAGUUUCUUAUGGAGAAUGACAACAAUGACUCUUUCUCACAACCUUUUCAGCAGUUUUGAAAACUCUUCGCAAGAAACGCUGAUCCAAAUAUUGGAUCUAAGUUAUAAUUCAUUUCAAGGACCAUUCCCUCAUUGGAUCUGCAAGCUUAAAGGGUUGAGAUAUUUGGAUUUGUCUAACAAUCUCUUCAACGGCUCGAUUCCUCCUUGUUUAAGUAACUCGAUUGUUUCUCUUACGGAGAUGAAUCUACGUAACAAUAGUUUCGGUGGAGCUCUUCCAGAUAUAUUUGUCGAUGCUACCAAGUUACGAUCAUUAGACGUUAGUCACAAUCAGUUGGAAGGAAAGUUCCCAAACUCCUUAAUAAAUUGCAAAGCGUUACAACUUUUGAGUGUGGAAAGCAACAGAAUCAAAGAUGAGUUUCCAUAUUGGUUAGGAUCUCUAUCGUCAUUAAACGUUCUCAUACUCAGAUCGAAUGAGUUCUACGGGCCGCUGUAUCAUCGACAUGUGUCUAAUGGGUUUCAGAGUUUGAGAGUGAUGGAUGUUUCGCAUAAUGACUUCACUGGAACUCUCCCGCCUCACUAUUUUGCCAGCUGGCAUGUGAUGACCACAUUGACCGAAGGAAACGACUACAUGGUAAAUUUCGUUAAGUAUUAUUCUCGCUACCUGCUGAUAUAUCGCUCGAUGGAGAUGGUGAACAAAGGAGUAGAGACGAGGUUUGAACGCAUCCAAAAAGACUUCAGAGCCAUUGAUUUUUCUGGAAACAAAAUUUGUGGAAAAAUCCCUGAAUCUUUGUGCUUUUUGAAAGGAUUGCGUCUACUCAACUUGUCAGGUAACGCCUUCACAAGUGACAUCCCACGAUCGUUGGCAAAUUUGACAAAUCUCGAGGCGUUAGACCUCUCGAGAAAUAAAUUGUCAGGUCAAAUCCCUCAAGAUUUUGGUAAACUCUCCUUUCUGUCCUACAUGAACUUCUCUCAUAAUCUUCUCCACGGUCCAGUGCCACGAGGCACACAGAUUCAGAGGCAGGAAUGUUCUUCAUUCCUGGACAACCCUGGCCUCUACGGACUUGAAGAGAUCUGUCAACAUACCUAUACCCUGAAUCCUACAAUACAGCAAGUCGAAGAACAUUCAGAGACAGAAGAACAAAUGUUCAGCUGGUUAGCAGCUGGAAUAGCCUAUGGACCUGGUGUAUUAUGUGGCUUGGUGAUCGGACAUAUCUUCCUUUCACACAAUCAUGCAUAGUUCACAAAAAUAUUUGGUCGUAGAAAACUCAGUUUCUCUACAAGUGCUCGUUGAG